AUGUGCUUUUUCGACCUCAAUCGUCAACCGCACAGCUUCGCGAUGCAGAACUGUAUUAGCGACGAAGACCAGGGCGACUGCAAUGGUGAGUGUCAUUGUAUAUUCCCAACCGGAACCGACAAGACCACGAGCCCGUGCUCAGUGAAUAAAACCGUUGGACUUCUAACCAACAGGUCGCGAUUUCGAGCCCCAAAUGCUCCACACUUUGUGGUGGGCUUUGACUAUCUGCCGACGGCUAAUGAGCCCAAAAUGGUCAUUCAAGUCUGCCAGUCUGCUACAGGAAACAAAUUUAUAUGACUGAUGUGUUGCGCAGCUAAUGUUUGGUUAAUAAUUCCAUCGGAAACGAUAAGGCGACCUCAGUGUACCACGCGAAAGGGGAGGAGAAUUGCAUCCACAUAAAGUGGGCAGGCUGGCAAUGUUUCACGUAAAAAAUUACAAAAAACCCUAACAGACUGUUAGGGUUUAUGCAAAUGGCCUAUGAUAAACUAUGAGUGACCAAAUAAGAACGAGUCUUUUAAGAAAUUUCGCAAUGUUGGCGUCCACUCCUGGGAACAAUGAAAUUCUUCGGGUGGUCAGUUGCAAGUGUACCACCGGCAACGUUGUUCUAUGCAUAAUUUUCAGUGCCAUUUUCUCGUGUGUGGCCCAUGUUUAUGUGAGAAGGACAAAGAAUUGUUUUGCAGACGGCAACUGAUGGUAAAGUCGUCUCUGAUUCUUGUGUCUUUGUCUAAAUUUCAGCUUCUUUGCUACUCAGAUAGCCAGAAGAUUUGUGGAGAUCCAAACCCUUGCGGUGGGUUAUUUCGUUAAAAUAUGUGGCCUAUUUACUUCAUUUGCACCGCUUUCUGUCGUUGAAUUACGACAUUCAUUUGUUUAAUCCGCUUUUACAUGAAUUAGUUUUGAAAACGGAACACAACCGCACGGUUAUGAAAUAUGAAGUUAAACAAGGAGAUGAAAGAAUGUCGUUUUAUACCUGCGUAUAUCGGAAGAAUGGCCAGUUCGACAUGGUCUCCUACCGACAUCACUGGUCCGGUAAGUGUAGCCCCUCAGUCGCUUGCAUGAUUUAUCUGCAAAAAGGCCGCAUCGAAGCUGACAGUGGACAGAUCGCAAGCCAGCCUAGGCAUACGGCGCCUGAUGCAACUUUAUACUAAAAAUAUAUAUUAUUUUUGUAGGUUUGGAUGACUUUCGGGGUAAAAACAACGCGUGGCAGUCCGCAGCCUCUGUGAUUGAGCUAAAGUGGCUUCUAAACUACAGGGGUUCACCGGAACAACAGGUAUGAUGUACCAGUUUCUCUCAACGGGCUUUAACUCUGUGUCGUCGCCGUAGAGAAUAUCUUGUCUUAGAGGCAUGCACGAGCGCCGGUUCUGACAUAAAUAAUGCUUUUUCGCAUUGAUUUGGGUAGCGUGGGAUUUGAACUGCUUACAUCGAUGAAGGAACCAUGGAAGUAGAACUUUAAUUAAGUACUUUCUUUCCAAACAAACUCUGCUAAGUUAGACCGAAAUAUGCAAUGUAUUUUAGUCUGCCUGCGGGUAUAGCCAUUCUCCAUCGUCUGUGUAAUACAUGGAGUGAGCGUUUAGGAAACCGAUGACAUUACACUGAUCGAGCCAUUGUUUGACUUUUCAUAGGAUAUGAAUUGGGGAUCGAAAAGGCCAUAUUUCAUCGACUGAAACGCAUGCCAACCUGGGGAAACAAUAUCUGUUGAACACGGCGGGUGGGAUGGGGCUUCUCUGAAAAACAAUUUUAGAGUUUUCUCCACCCUUUGUGAAAUAUAUGGCAUAGAGUUUUCGUGUUGAUAAAUAAACUUGUCAUAUAUUCCAUCAUAUGCCGGCUGUCAUUUGGAUGAUUUUUUCUAAAUUGCUAUCCAUAUCCUCCAACAGUAACCGUUUGAGAUAGCUUCAGCAAAUCGGCCACACCACUUCUUUUUGUUCCCGAUAUUUGUACCGGAUAAUUUUACUUCAUUGAAUACUCUGCUCUAGCAUUUGUGUCCAUCAUCGACCGGACGUCAUUCAGGGCAAGUUUAACUAAGGAUUAUCGCAACAGAUACAUUUUUGUCAUCAGUCAUCUUCUGGAGGAAGUACUUCAUAUGUAAUCUUUCCACCCGCCCAGUAUAUUUGUUUAUUUGGAGUGGCGGACUGGUGGUUAAACAGUCGGGCUACAAGGGCUUCCACAUAAUUUGACUUGGAUGGUAAUCCCAGUCUGUAGAACCCCUACCGGUUAUAGCUGCGCGUCGUCGUCCUUUUGUUUUGUUGGAGCCCAUAAUCCGGUCAGUGUGUGUUGUGGGCCAGGGUUGUUGCUGCAGGAAUAGAUGCAGCAUGCCACCGUGUCAACUUGGGUUUCAUGCAAUUUUCCGCUAUAUUUUAUUGGCUUACAAAACUCUGCUCAGUGUGUGUUGUAGACAGAGUCUGGUGGCACGCCUAGGUGCGGGUUCGAAAGUGACAGUCACCUACGCUCUUCGCCACCCUCCAAAUUCUAAACUAUGUCUUGGUACCACGCUGAGGUGGGGAAGGAGAGGGGAAUGCAGUUGACUUUGUGCAAGUCAACUGCCUUUAUAAUCAAGGGCAUGCGCAAAUUACCGUGCCUGCCCUCAACCAACUGUGAAGCCGCGGUGAAUGUCGUCGAAACUGACAUUUGAACUGUCAACUCACAUGUGUUUUGAUGGUAUUCGUGUUGUCCUUUAGUCUCUUCCUAUCACAGACAAAGUCCUUGCUUCUUAUACCAGUUCCCGUGCAUGUAGACGCUUGUCAAAAUUAACCCCAUCAACUUGAAAUGCUUAGGCGGAUUGGACGGAUGAGGUCGAAUUAGCGUUUCGUCCAAUUUUUCCUUCUGCCCUGAACGUUUGUCUCUUUCUGCCUUCAACUUAUCAUUUUCAAAGCGUUCAGUCACUUUCCUGAAUGUUAAUUUGACAUCAGCAUUUUCAAGUUAGGCAACCUGAAGUGAAGCGCGACCGUUAGGCGUCACACUUCUAAAAGCAAAUGUGCAUGUUUCCCUAAACGUGCGUCUUUCAUGCCAGAAGUGUCUACCUUCUCUACAAGUAACUUAUUGAUGCUAACGCUCCUGUAUCAUAAAUUGACCAGGCGGACAUUACUCGAGUAUUUGAAAUAUGUGAUGCCGUUUACAAUUCCUGGAAACAUCACCAGUCAAACCAGCUAAAAUGAAGAAUAGAGCGUUGAACUCCAUAUUCAGUAAUGAAGUUUAAAUAGAUGGAACUGAAGUGGCUAGAAUGUUUGUGACAGGGUUUGUUAUAGCUUACAAUUUCGUACAAUAAUCGGAACGCCAAGAAAGUCUAAUGAUCAAUGAUUCGGCUGGUUCUUCAUCCAUAUCGAGGGCAAUGCCUCCCUAAAAUCAAUGACUCUGGCUCGAUCAGUUGGAUCCGGUGUGGACAAUCCCCAUCACGGGCUUUGCGUGAAGUGAUUCUUUCAGGGAUUGGUGGUUCAGAAUUAAAGACCUCUACAAUCAUAUACAGAAUCAAGGCAGAACACGGUCAGUUGUGCGGAGACCAGGUCGUGUGUGGCAAGCCUGGUCAGGUUGUUUUAUAUUCCCAAACACAGCACCUGGAUCGGGCAUCUAUCGUCAUGACAUGUUUUCGCCGUCCGGCGAGGAAGGAGAGCGUACGGCAGGUGCUGCGCGAGUCUGUCGGCACUAUGAUCUAGUUUGUUCACCCGCUAGUCAACAUCUUGUGCUUACCACAUAAUGAUCAAUCUGCCAGUGGCAAAUGAUUAUCAAACAGGAUCCCAGAGUGCCUACGUCUCUAAAGGAAGUUCAAUUUACAUCAGUUCUGCAAGCAUUGAAGUCGAUCGGUGCAGAAGUUUUUGUUGAAACUAAGUAAAUUCAUAUAUAAUGAAAAAGAGAAGUCUCUUCAGAAUAUCGAGUUGUACUCGUAAAUUUUCAAGUUGGUGACACUGACCCGUCAUCAGACGAAAUGAACAGAAGGCAAGGUGAAAUGGGCAGAGUAAGUCGGCUGGCGCGACAGGACAGACAACGACAAACGGACAGCUGAUGCGUCAGAGGGGUGGGCACCGAGUUAUGGUAGGCUGUCGGGCAGGGGGAGGGAAGGAAGAACCGUUAGGGCUCCCUGUGUUGGAGGUGGAGAAAAACGCGGGGGGUUGCAGAUCAGUGGGAAUGCGGGCGGCUUGUCACUGAUUCGGGAUGAGGUCAGGGGGCAAUGCGCCGGCGUUGGAGUUGUUAGGGGGUUUCGGUUGUUGUUCCCCGUGUCGGAUGGGGGGGGGGGCGGAAUGGCGAAGCAGCAUACGUCUGUGUGGACAAGUGGGGGGUAGCAGUUGUUACGGUGUGGGAACAAGACAGUGAGCGUGUACGUAAGCCCUCGUAGUGAGCCUCUAGAUAUACGUGGCGAUUGAUGCUGGUCGUGCAAGAAUGCAAAGCUUCGAGGAAUGCACGCGCCUGUCUGGUGUUAGCCCCUGUGAUCAAAUCAGUGGUUCGAAAAUACUCAAAUGAGUUAAUUGCAUGUUAUAGCCCAAAAAUUGAUUGAAGAUUUCAAAUAUUGGUUUACUUGCAGAAACUCGAAUGCCUUCUGAAUGGGAAACUUUUGUGCUCUGGAGUGACGACCACAUCUCAGUGGGGAAAGUGCCGUAAGUGUUGCUAUUCAACAUUUAAAUGGGUAGUUUACAUCAUCAUUACUUUGUGGAGUGCAAAUACAGAGUAGUGCGACUACCGCGUGAACUGCCUACCGUAUUUUCGCUCUUUCACAGAACUGAGCAUUGAUAACCAGUCGUAUGUCAUCACCUACGUUGCCAAGAGGCCGCCGGCAACAAAUAUAUCUCGAUAUGUUUGCAGAACGGAGAGCGAUAGUCAAACGCAGACGAUAUACUGGCACGGUAACUGUGUAUUUUUAUAUUUCGUGUCAGUAACACAACCCCUAAUUAUCUGACACUAUUAUAAACAAUGUGUUUAAAAAUGAAAGGCUGACAUAUUUGCUAAGCAAUAUUAGAAGGCACAACUGCACUAAAUCGACAUUUACUUAAACAAAAGAAAUCAAAUUUGCCAUUUCGCAACUUCAAAUGAAGGCGCUUAAAAAAGUCGCAUUUUCACAUAUCUGCCAGUCCACCACUUAGCCUCCUACCACUUAAAAGACAUAGCAUUCGACGAAUUACUUAGUGCUUUUAUGUCAUUGACUGUUUGUCGAAACGGAGGUAGGCGGGCCUAGUGCUAAAUAAACUGUCCGCGAGCAAAGCGGGCGAAGCAAGUCCUGGAUUUUUCUAAGUUCCUCCUCAUUAUAAUUUGCUGAACAAAUGUUUUAAGCCCUUUCUACCGAACGCCUGAAUAGUUUUCACAUUUUGUGGAGAGGUAAGAAACUAGCGAAUUUCGUGUAUUGUCCAGGCCAGGUUUUCUUCCGAUAGGCAUUCCUUCGGAUGCAACCGUCACAUUUCCUGUUUAGAUGGACAUCUAAGAAAGGAGGCGAACCGGCCGAUUCCAUCUCUAACGUCAAUUUGAUCGAUGAAUGUGCUCGAUUUACAGCAUUUAGGAAGAGAGCAACUUCGGUUUCUGUGGUUGCAAUCACAAAGAUAUCAUCAUUUUAGCGGCUGUAAUGUUUAAGCUUUUUGAUCUGUUCGCUUAUUUGAAAUCUCUCCAGCUUGCCCACGAAGACGUCGGCUAAGAGAGAUGCAAGAGACGAGCCCAUAGCUGCGCCAUAUGUUUGUCUAUGGAGUUGGUUGUCAAAGAAGAACUGCACAUCUAAUGUGCACCUUAGUAAUAGUUCCUUGAGUGUUUUCGUCGGAAUGGCUAUUUUUUGAUGACUGGCAGCUUUAAUCAUCAACUGUCUCGGUGACUGGGACGUUUGUGAAAAGAGAUGCAACGUGUAGUGAGAACAACAUCAUGCCGUAAUGGUUGAGGUCUUUAACGACCUCGAUGUAUUGAAAGGUAUCUGGAUAGCUGCGUGCUGCCAGCUGAUGUUGUAUAGUCAGGUGAAUAAUUUCGGAAAUUAAUCACUGCAGAACUUGGAGUUAAAUCUCCGAGACAUGACUUUUUAGGGUCAGAACCGAAAUUUCAAUGAACAUUUGAGUCGAAGACAAUCAACUACUGUGGAAUAACCACGUAAUGCCCAUUCUACAAACAAGUAGUACUACGAGUAGUAUGAAUUUCAUAUAGCAAAGGUAUUAUACCGUACUCCCGACGUAGAUACUUGCUAAAAGCCCAGAAACGUGUUUCGUCGAUAUUCUGCCGCAGCGUGACACAGCUGCGAGAGGUUCGGCUCCUCAGUGGGACCCCAGCGUUCUCUAGCGGUUUCCGGUAUAUGAACUCCAGAGAAUAAUCAGGUGAAUAAUUUCGGAAAUUAAUCAGUGCAGACCUUGGAGUACGGUAUAAUACCUUUUCCAUAUGCAUUUCAUACUACUCGUAGUAAUACUUGUUUGUAUAAUGGGCAUUACGUGGUUAUUCCACAGUAAUUGAUUGUCUUCGACUCAAAUGUUCAUUGAAAUUUCGGUUCUGACCCUAAAAAGUCAUGUCCCGGAGAUUCAACUCCAAGUUCUGCAGUGAUUAAUUUCCGAAAUUAUUCACCUGAUUAUUCUCUGGAGUUCAUAUACCGGAAACCGCUAGAGAACGCUGGGGGUCCCACUGAAGAGCCGAACCCCUCGCAGCUGUGUCACGCAGCUGCAGAAUAUCGGCGAAACACGUGUCUGGGCUUUUAGCAAGUAUCUAAGUCGGGAGUACGGUAUAAUACCUUUGCCAGAUGUUGAAUAGGCUUGAGUUUCUCUGCUAAGCACUUUGUUAUUGCAUGAUACGGAGACUUCCUUAAAUCUAAAAUUAAACGAACUGGUAGGCAUUCGUUAUGGAUCUUAGGUGAAUCUUAUAAUCAAUGGAAAUGUGUGGCGACUGAGCCGAGGUGUUUGAGAUCACGGUCACUUAUGUAACCCCCUGUGUGGUGCCUUCUAGAACGGUCAGUCAAUUUUGCCUCUGCUUUAUCUGCGCAAUCGUUUUCUUUGUCUACAUUUCUGAAUUUCUUCUGGUCAGAUCAUAUGGACUGUAUCGUCACUACGUGGUCCGAUCUGUUCAUUAUAACGACACCCGUUAUUUUGUCAGAUCUAGUGACCAAGAUCUCUUUGUUCUCCCGAAGUUCUUUUAUCAGCAAUCCCCGACUUCUUGACCCUUUGUUUAGGUACUUUUAGCUGCAAUUCCCAGGUGUUGGUUUGCUAUUUUGGAUACUGUCUGUGGAAGUGGGCAAUAUAUCGUUAGUUUGCUUCCAGAGGUUCUUGAGCUGAGUUUCCAAUUCUAACUGAUUUGAUCUUGGACGAGGUAUGCAAAACGUAGGGCCCAGAGAUUAAACUUCAAUUAAUGCUUUGUCAAGUGUCAUAUAAGAAUUGUUGUGUUCGGAACGAGCGGGGUCAUUCAAAAACCGCGACUCGGUUUUCAUCUCAUGUGAACUCCUAAGGAGCGCAGAAUUUUUUUGUCCUUCCACGUUUUUUCAUUUAUAGUCUGAGUAUAGAUGUCGAAUUCUUGUCUUUCUUCAUCUGUCAGGAUAUCUAGGACGGCUGUGCGUUGACAAGCAUUGCGCUCAAGUUCCUCUAUUUUUAAGAGGAUAUUUUCCAUUUGAUUCUCUGCGUAUCCCUUCAGGAUAUUUGUGAUAGUAACUGUAUGACGACGACGCGAUUUUCUCCAAUAAUGGUUUGGAUACACAUUUUUCCCAUUACAGUCCCCCAUAAACUUUUGUUCACUCACUGUACACCGUCCCAUAUUACUGUCCUGGCCUGGCUAGAAGUUGACGAAAUCAACGUUCGCUCGCCACCUUUUCUUCUGAAUAUAACCAUAGGAAUUUUGACAACUCCUCUGCUUAGUCGGUGAAAAAUGACUUGUUCUCGUAAUUUUUUUACUCGAAGUUGGGGUUUUCUGAAAGGUUUUUAUUGUGAGAUAUGUUAGUACCGUGAAAUGCCCGUUCAUAAAACGUCACGUCUCUGCAUUUCCAUGUGUGGCUUGUAAAGUUAACAAUAUGGCUCAAAUCCACUGCUAAAUUUUAUGAACGCUAUAUGGUCACUUCUGAAUAUCGUAUAGGAAUCUAUAAUUCUUGUACCCUGACUGUAGUUUGAAAAACUCGAUGUAUCCAGUACAUGCACAACCAUUUCUUCCCUUAAACAGCUACGGCCCGUGCUUCACCUUGAUCAUUCUGGACUCAGAAUUACUCGUCUUGUAGGAUGCCUUGACAAUUGCGGUACUCAGAAAGUCCUGUCGAUUUACUGACUUAUAAAUAGCGGAAAGACAUUUGUCUACAUCGGAGGUUGCUUUCUCAGCUGAAUCGAAUUCGGAGCAAAUAAAGUUAAAUGCAAACCAGAGCAGAGACGACGUGCUGGCGUGAGUAGAGAGUGCUCUUUUCCUCAGCAAAUAGUUGAGCUGGCAUCUGGCAUGUCAUCCGCUUUUGAAUAAACAGCAGUAUUAUGGGUGAUAAGAAUGCCUUCCUAAGGCAUACUUCCUGCGCGAAUAAGUCAACAACCGGUCUUACGGUUUCCUGAAAUGUUCUUCACCACAAUGCAGACACGGAAAGACGAUGAAUAAAACACGAAACACGCAUGGAGAUCGGCAGGUUUGAACUAAAUCAGGACUGUUUCACCAACAGACAGUUGCAGGUACUGAACAACUAUCUACUACGAUGUUGACAUUUACCCAUACAACUGGUAAUAUGCGAAUGAACUGGCCCAAAAAAUAGACGCGUUCUUCAAAUAUACUAUCCCAUGGUCGCUUUAUUGAGUCUUCGCACAGAUGAACUAGGAUUGUCAAUGCAAUGCCAAUCUUUAACAUAUGCUUCUGGAAGAGGAAAUACUCUUCAGCAUCCUACAGAAACAUAAUACUUUAAAUGUUGUGUGCAAAACGUGAUACGUUCUAGAGCAGGUGUUCAUCAUAAGCCUCAUUCUAACUGCUUUAUGUACGUUUAACAUGUCGCAUGAAAGUAACCUCUUCUUUGUUCACAUAAAAGACCCAGUCUUGAUGGCUAGUGUCAGUCUAGGUUAUGCCAUUGGCUCCUUCGGGCAGAGGCCAUUGCAGUACACGAACCGUGACAAUCCUAAGACAUUUCACAGAGGUCACAGGAGUUCACUUACGGACACCUAACACAGAGUGCUUGGUGGACGUUAGCCUGAUAUGCAUGUCUGCUUAAAAGGCAAAAAUAAGAACUUGAAGAGGCAGAUCAAUUGCACAUUGCAAUGUGCGAUGUUCCUCGAUUACCAUAAAUUCCAACCUAUCUUUCCACGACUUAGGCGACAAUCCUGUUAAGAUGACAUUCGGAGGAUACGGGAUUUCACAGUCUUCUGGCCCAUACUCGUUACAAGUGCCAAUUUCCAACCAGACUUCAGUAAGCCUUGCUUCAAUUUCUACAAAGGAAAUAUCAGCAAUCUUCUUUCCCAUAUUACGUUAAUGCUAUCGGCCAGUUAUUUAACCGAAUCUGUCUCAUCUCACUGCAUAGGAAGUGACCUUCACCAUUGACGAGGACGUAUUCAUAGCCGCCAACGGCACAUGCAAGCUGAAUUCAUCCAUAGCAUUUGCAUUUUCCUGCCCCGUUGAAUGUUGUAAGUCUAUCUGACCUUCCAUGCAUGUUGUCACUGACAGAUUAAAACCCAACUUAAUGCAGCUACUGAAUAAACAAACUUCAAAUUUCUGGGAGUUGGAAUAUAACUUUUGUUGGCUUUUUCCGUCUUUGAAGAACGCGUCGUAUUGCACCGUGUUUUUUUAGCUUCACAGCAGUGUCACGUAAACAUUGAUUUGCCCGAGGUCUCUUUCUUUGAAACUCUCAUUGUCAAAGUAAAUGAAACACAUGAGGAUCUCUACACUCAUGGUAAGCAAAGAUGCGGCCGUGGAAUGGUUUUAUAAAACCUAUCAUCAAGUUUUAAAUUAGUGAUUGUCUACUGGAGUAUUAACCAAAACAUAACCUCCGAAUUUAAGCCAUUAUUCCUAUUUGAGAUCCACCGAAGAUAGUGGCUUUUUCCUAGAGUAAUCCAGGGAGCGAACGCUGUCAGCGAAAAUUAACAAUAACCUUCCUUUUGGAAGUGCCUUCCUCGAGGCCCAUAAAUGCCCCAUAAACGUUCAGUGAAUAGAAGUGAUAAACCAACUGCUGCCUCAGUUAGCAUUUAAAUAAUAGCAGAGUCUAAUCCACACUUUUCUAUUAGGUAAAAUUUUGUCAGGCUAUAAACUGCAAGUUUGCACUUUGCUGCACGACACACAGCCGCUUGCAAGAGGAAAAGUUGCAACCAAGCAUCUGAAAUUACAUCUGCCUUUUGUACUGUCAAAAUCAGUGUAAAAUGUAUAUUUGAGCAUUGCAUGAUUUUGCGACAGAAAACGUAAAUUGCAUGCAGAUGAAAGAUGACUGAUUUCAUCAAAAAUGUCUCAAUGGUACUUUUUGGUUUAUUAUUGCGUCUUAGAUGGGGACUAUGAUUGCUAUAAUGAGAGUUGUACCGACGAUACAAUAACGAUGUUAAAACGUUUUAGAUAUUUGUCUGGUCUCAAACAAAGUAAUAAGAAUAAUGAACUGACCAUUCUCCUGUCAUUCCUUUUGCACAGAUGCCCCCUCCUUUGACAGUGUGCGCCCGGUCUUUACUCAGGAACGCGGACCAUUUAUAUUUACGACACUUCUACCAGGCAUGCCAAAGGUACAGUACCUGUGCUAACUUAUGAAAUGUCACGAAUUAACACAGGUUAACGACUUUAUCGCAAAAUCGGUAAACGCUACGGCUCCCAAAGUCUGAUAGCGGAAAAUAAACGAUGUGUCAAAGAAAUAAAGCAAAGUUUGGUUAAGAAAAUAUUAUUUACUGAGAUAAAAAUAAAUAAUUUUUGACAAAAGUCACAUUUUCGAGAAACGCCUAUAUUACAACCAAGUUAAUAAAGGCUACGUAUGAGGACGUAUAAAGGAGGAGGGCGCAUAAAAGGUCAAAAAUAAAUAAGGACAAAAACAGAUACAAAAAAUUAGUACUUUGUAGAUUGUCCAUUCGAAUUAAUAACAGCAGAAAGUCUGUCCGACAUAGACAUGACAAGGUUAUCUAUGGUGGAUUGUAAAAUGUAAUUAUUGAGUAUGAAAUCCAAUUUUUCCUGCAUAGAAAGUGUCUUCUUAGCUUUGUGCCAAUUUCUUUUGACUAUUCCGAAAAGAUUUUCGAUAGGAUUCAAAUCGGGACUGUUGGCCGGGAUGAAAAUGGAUUGGAGGCCAAUUGCGGAGAGCGUGGUUGUUGUCUAAAAUGUUAGAUUAUAUUUGCAAGCGGCAUCAAAUUCGUACCUCUUUAGAGCGGUGGACAGGUGCAUUGUCCUGCAAAAUUACAGUAUCCAUUCGGCGCCGACAGAUGCCGUUGUAGCCGAAAGCAUCCUUGACAAUUGCAAUGAACACCUUGCUGUUGAUGGUGUCGGAUGUUGACCGCCAGACAGGCCGCUCACCGAAUUUAAUCGCCAUCCAAACCAUCAUCCGCCGACAGUUCUUGAAUGUUGCCGUCGGUGUAGUGUGUUGUCUUGGGAAGUUCUUUCCACAUAUGACGGUUUGGAGCGAUUUUGUAGGCUUGUCUAAAAAUAGAACCUCAUCGCAGAAGAAAAUGCUCUUCCAAAAUGAAGAUCUGUAAUCAAUAUAAUUCUUAGCAAAUAAAAGCCGUUCUCUAAUUAGUUUUCUACAUAAAUAUGGCUUAAUCAUGGCCUUCCGUCGCUGCAGUUCAAAUUCCUUCAUCCUUUUUUUUAAUGAUGUUCAUAGAAAACAUCGGCAGAUGUUCCCGCUGAAUGGUCUCAAUGGCCAUGUAAUGAAACUUUUUUAAUGUACGACGAAUAAAAUCGUCGUCUUGCUUACUUGUGGAUCGUUUUGGUCCCCAUAUCUUAUUUCUAGGAACAGUUUUAUCAUUAAUAAUGCGCCACAGAGUGACCUUGCUAAUAUUGAAAAUAGUAGCUAACGACUCACGCGGGAUUAUCUCCGCCGCUAAUUUUCGAAUGCGCUGGAAAUCAACUUCAGAUAAGUAUUGUUUAGACAUAGUUAUCGUUUGGCGUGGCAGAGCAAAGUGACGGCAUGUCGUGCGAACUCAAUAUAUAUUCGUUUACGACACGCAUUUUCAGUCUGGUAAAACAAUCCCACUGAUAAACUUUUUUAUUUCGGUAUUUUGUAACAUAAAACUUUACGAAUUUGUAAAAUAGAAUUUUUAGAUAAAGAAUCGCACGUUAUUUCCUGAACACAAUAAGAAAUAAUUUAUCUGCAUUUCCCUGAUUUUGUUGAUAUUGAAAUUUAAUUUUUUCUUUUUGUUCGAAAGUUUAUUAAAAAAAUUUCGUCCUUUUAUUAAUCUUCUUAAACAGAUUAAUAAGGUUACAGAAAGAAUUUCCAGCCGAACGCUUUAAUAGCGUAGGAAACUGCUUGAAUAUCAGGAAUCCUCCGAUUUCGCCUUAAUCCGGCCCGUUUUCUAUUUAAUAUACAGAUCCGUAUCAAACUUUCCUUCAGAAAGCGGUCUUUUCGUCCUUAUUUCAACUAAAUAAACACAAAUAACGACACCAAAAAUACGCUACAUUUUCCACUAUAAUGUUGACCUCGGCAUUUCAUGAGUUAGCACAGGUACUGUAAGUAAGAAAAUCGCACACAAUUCUACCAGUCGAUCAGAGAAGGCAUCUAAUAUUUGAGUUGCGCUAUGUUUUUUUCGCUUAGUUCGUGUACAUUCAGCCGAAUUUAUUUGACGUGCAAACACAAAACGGCACAUGCGUGGUAGUGACAACUGAUGGAACAAUCCGUUGUAAAGUUAUACAAGGCAAGUGGUUUGGUGUUAUUCCUCUAUGGUAUAUUCCAUGCCUUAUGACCUGCCGCAUUGGCAGCCAAAAAUACUGGCUAAAGCUUGGCAUUUAAUGUGUGAUUUUGGUUAUGUGUUCCAGUUGUGAAAUGAAGACUAGUACGUUGCUCAGAAAUCGAGUGCUUACUUGGGAUAAAUGAGUUAGGAUCGGGUG